UAAAAAAAUGUUCACAUUUUAGGGCCAGGCAUAGACGUCUUGAGCCAGGGUUAUGCUUAAUCCCGUUUUGUAUAUCUGCUUUUCAUCGGAGUUGGGGGAUGAAUCAAGGGUUCGGGAAAAGGCUUCCCGUAAAUCCAGAAAGGCUUUGCAACGGUGAAGUUUGAGCUGCAUGCCUGUUGCGUGGGCUUCAAUUUCACUGCCCCAGACUGAAGUUGAGGACAGGCCGCACGGGCGCAGUAGAGCCAAGUUGACUACUACAAAGUGCAGAAAAGACUCCUCCUCCUUCAAGGUCUGUGAAUUUUAGGAUAGCGGUGAAAACGCCAGGGACACAGAGUCUGAGCGCUGAGAAAGCCAAGAGGCUUCUGGGAAUUGUAGUCCAAAGCCAGCCCGUCUUCUGCGCAGACUCAAAAGUCUCUGUGGAAGGAAGCCUUGAGGCGGUGCAGAGCCGUCCUUCCACCGGAAGUGUCCGAUCGGAACCAGCCCUGUAAGAGAGGAGAGUUCUUGAAACUAAAUAAGACCCUUCACAAAGCAGAAGUGUGUUUUCUGAUAAUAUAUUCUAUUCGAAGAUGACAACAGAAUCAAAGAAAGCUUCAGCUCAGAACCUUCAGGAAGAUGAAGGACUUCUGAUAGUGAAGAUAGAGGAGGAAGAUUUUGUCUGGCAGCAGGACACUUGCUUACAGAGAAGUGAUCCCCUCAGGCAAGAGCUCUGCCGGCAGCUUUUCAGGCAGUUCUGCUACCAGGAUUCCCCUGGACCCCGCGAGGCCCUCUGCCGGCUCCGGGAGCUCUGCUGUCAGUGGCUGAAGCCAGAAACCCACACUAAGGAGCAGAUCCUGGAGCUGCUGGUGCUGGAGCAGUUCCUGACCAUCCUGCCAGGGGAUCUGCAGGCCUGGGUGCGUAAACAUUACCCAGAGAGUGGAGAAGAGGCAGUGACCAUACUGGAAGAUCUGGAGAGAGGCACUGAUGAAGCAGUACUCCAGAUUCCAGUCCAUGGACGUGGACAAGAAAUAUUCAGGAGAAAGGUGACACCUUCUGGACCAGCACUUAAUGUCCAGUUCCAGCCAGUGGAUGCCAAGGCCCUUCCUGGUUCUUCAGAAACCCAGCUCAUAAUGGACUGUGAUAAUAAGAGUGAAAACAAUGGAUCCAUGCCAAAGUUGGACAUUUAUGAAAAAAUGGAAUCGCAGAGAAUUAUAUCAGGAAGAAUUUCAGGAUUCAUGUCAGAAGGAUCUGCUGAGUCUCAAAACAUCUGUAAGUCUUCAGGCAAGAUAAAGAGGCACUGGGAAAAAGAACCAGAGGAGUCUUGGAGACCAUCAUCUGCUCAGGAUGGAGGUUUUAGUAAAAUCCUCACCCACAAAAAUACACUUACAGGUGAAAUAAUAAGCCAUGAUGGAUGUUCUGAGAGAAGCUUAAAUCUGAACACAAAUGAAUUUACACACCAGAAAUCUUGUAAACACAGUACCUAUGACCAAAGUUUCAAAUGGAAUUCAGAUUUUAUUAAGCAUCAAAGAAUUUAUGCUGGAGAAAAAAUCCAUCAAUACAGAAAAUCUCUGAAGAGCCCAAAUCUUAUUAAACAUGCAGCAAUUUUCAGUGGAGAGAAAACGCAUGAGUGUAAUGAAUGUGGGAAAGCUUUCAGACACAGCUCAAAGCUUAUUAGGCAUCAGAGAAUCCACACUGGAGAGAGACCCUAUGAAUGUAAUGAGUGUGGGAAAGGCUUUGGGGGGAGCUCAGAUCUUAUUAGACACCAGAGAAUUCACACUGGGGAAAGACCCUUUGAAUGCAAAGAAUGUGGGAGAGCAUUCAGCCUGAACUCACAUCUUAUCCUACAUCAGAGAAUUCACACCAGAGAGAAACCCUAUGAAUGUAGUGAAUGUGGGAAAACCUUCAGAGUGAGCUCACACCUUAUUCGACACCUGAGAAUUCACACUGGAGAGAAACCCUAUGAAUGUAGUGAGUGUGGAAGAGCCUUCAGUCAGAGCUCACACCUUAGUCAACAUCAGAGAAUUCACAAGAGGGAAAACCUAUUAAUGUAAAGAACUCAAAUUCAUAUGGAAAUGCUAAGGAAAUAGCAAAACAUGAAAAACAUUGAAU